UCGCAGCCGGCUUCUCCUCUCCGACUCCCCGCAGCCCGACCCGCGCGCGCCCGCUCCGCCAGUCCGCCGCUAGCAUGGCCGAGGAGGCGAAGAAGCUGGCCGCUCACGCCGCCGUGGACAACCACGUCCAGAACAACCAGGUGGUUGGAGUUGGCAGCGGCUCGACCAUCGUCUACGCCGUGGACAGGUUAGCUGAGCGAGUGCGUCAGGAGAAACUCCACAUUGUGUGCGUGCCCACCUCCUUCCAGGCUCGGCAGCUGAUUCUGCAGCACGGCCUCACGCUGUCGGACCUGGACCGGCACCCAGAGCUGGACGUGGCGAUCGACGGAGCGGACGAAGUGGACGCGGACCUGACGCUGAUAAAAGGCGGCGGCGGCUGCCUGACGCAGGAGAAGAUUGUCGCCGGCUGCGCCAAACACUUCGUUGUCAUCGCCGACUACAGGAAGGACUCCAAGGCUCUGGGCCAGCAGUGGAAGAAGGGAGUUCCCAUUGAGGUGAUCCCCAUGGCGUACGUUCCCGUCUCCAGGACGAUAGCCAAACGCUUCGGAGGGGAGGCGAUCCUGCGGAUGGCUGUCAGCAAAGCGGGUCCCGUGGUCACCGACAACAGCAACUUCAUCCUGGACUGGAAGUUUGAGCGCGCUGAGAACUGGAAGGAAGUCAACACCGCGAUCAAGAUGAUUCCAGGUGUGGUGGAGACGGGGCUUUUCGUCGGCAUGGCCGAGCGGGCCUACUUCGGGAUGGAGGACGGGACCGUGCAGGUUCGAGGUCCUCCGGUCAACUGAGGAGUCUGUCGUCAUCCUCGCCUCCUCCACCAAUCGCCUCACUUCACCCCAAAGUGCCGUUUUCGUUUUCCACCCGGCUGCAUUUGGUCGGAGCUGCACAACUGGACACAAAACUGUCACCGGGAAGUUUUCACAGAUCAAAAGAAGUCACUGCUGAGGAUCACUUGGUGUUUCUCAUCCUGCAAGCGGCGCUUCCGUCACUGAGUUUUAAAGUGCCUGAUGAGGACAGUCGAGUGCAUCCGAUGUCUGUGUUGGUGCUCAGUUGGUCUCACUGUGAAUGUUUUCUCUUCCUGAACGUCUGCAGAGCUGUGGUUCCCAACCAGCUCGGUGAAUCGCUGCAGAUUGAAACUACGGUGUGCCUUGAGAUUAUAUUUUACGCCUAAUUAAGAUAAAUUAUGCAAUUAAAGUUACAUUUAAGCGAUCAUACGUCGAACCGUUGUCCUCUGCUGCAAAUUAACACGUGUCCACGCCGUCGAGUAAUUGGGCUUUUCAAGAAAUGUUUUUCAACUGGGGGAAAAAAACAACAAAUGUAUGAGAUCUUUGGCAAUUAAGGGAAACCCUGUGGUGCACGUAUGAAACUUCCAUUAUUUGGUUACCGUGUGACAAUUAUCCCGCGUCGCCUACACGUCUGACGGCACGGAGGCUGUAAUGAAUAUCAUUUAGAUGCUAUUGGCCUUUAUUUUCUCCUUCUCAGCAUCGUACUGAUUUGUUUGUUCAGCCGCUUCGCCGACACGUUUGCAUCCUCUUUUACCCGGAAUUGCAUUUGCUGAAGCGUUCUGGACGGUCGGUUCGGCGGGUUUAAUUUAACGUGCGUGUUCUCUCACGGGAGAUUUCUUAAAGGCACAGUCUCAAAUCUGGCUUGGAUAUCAUAUGGGAUAUAGGUUUCAAUGUGCUCUUUCCUUCAGUCGGGAGACGGGAGCUGUUGAGUUUCUGUUCUUAGACUAGUCGAUGGACGUCCGGUAGCUAAAGGUCCACAGCCUCGCUGUGUCACAGAAAAACAAACCACUGACUGUUCCUUCAUGCAUGCACCUCCCUCCACUUUUGUGCCUGUGUGUUACUCUGUUGUACACGAUCGUGUUCCUCACAUGAGCCGUCUGUUCACACACUUGAGUCAUCAACUCUAUUUGAGACACAGCUGUAGAGAGACCGUUUGAGGAAAUGAUGAUGGGCAGGUGUGCGAUAAAAUCGAAUGUUGCUCAAAUCGGAACCAACAGCAACAUGAGUACGUUUUAUGUGCCUUGUCACGCCAACGAUCCUAUCAUAAUUACAUCUUCUUUCAAAGCAUAAAAAAAAAAUUGGAAGUCAGUUUUAAGUCUCUAGUGUGGAACUGGUGUUGAAUUGUCUGACAUACUUUACGACCAUUUUUAUUAACCCUCCUCUUACCUUUAGGGUAAAUUUGCCCCCAUUCAAUGUUUAACUUCUCGAAACAAAUUACUAACAUAAUUUUUUUGGCUUCACAUUCCAUGACUUUUCCUAAAUUAUUGGGGACAACUGGGUAAACAAAAUUCACAUAUGUUUUAAAUAUCAGUACACAACUUGUACGCAUCGGUGUUCUUUGGUGUCAAUUUGAUAUAAAAAAAGAUGUACUUAGAAGUAAUAUAAAGCCAUUAAAGCACCAAAAAUAUAUCUCUUUCCAAGUUGAGGUCAAUCAGUGAGAUUUUAAUGGUGAUCUGCAUAUUUCGCCAGUCGUGAACAAGUAUUCCGGAUGUAUCGGGGGGGCUUUUUAUUUUUAUUUAAUGGGCUAUUUAGGUAGUCAACAAACAAACAAAGUACCUGACACUUAAACUUGGGAACAAUUGUGAAUUCUAAUAAUUUUCUGGAGGUUUUAAUUGCUGGGGUCAAAUUGACCCCGAGGGUAAACGAUGUUGGUACAUUUGAAGGUAACUGGAGGGUAAAUUAGUUUGAAAAUUGUGAUUUAUUUUUGUAAACCUGAUUCAUAAUGUUCAUUUUCAAUUACAGCUGUUCACUAUUUGUUUUCGUAUACACAUCGCUGAGAUACUCAGGAGAACAUCUGUCUCCACACUGCUGUGAUUAUGUCAUAUUAAAGUCGAAUCAUGAAGUGGCAGCGGAUGAAUUUGAGACUAUCAGACUCUGUGGCGUGUCAACAAACUCAAAUGUUGAACUGAGAUGUGACAAAUAGAAGUUGUACACCAUGUUGCAUAUAUUCUUUGCAGCAGCAUUUAUAUCUAGCAUUAGUUUCUCUACCAAUUGACUGUGAUUAUCUUUUUGCUGUGACGGUACUAUUUUCUGUCAACCAAUACAGAACCAUGAUAACCAACA